UUUUAGAUAAAUUGUGUUAAAUUAAAAUUCCAAAAAAAAAAAUAAAUUUAAACAAUGGCCUACUCUUGGGAUAACCGUGUCGAUUUUGUUGUUCGGUAUAUGUACGAUAUCGACAACAAUGGUGUCCUCGAUGAAAACGAUUUCCAAUGCAUGGCUGUGAGAGCCUGUGUUGUUGAAGGCAAGGGUGACUGCAGCGCUUCCCGUUUGGCUGAAUACAAAAAUUUAAUGAAAAAUCUAUGGAAAGAAAUUUCCGAUAUUGCUGAUGAUGACAAGGAUGGAAAAAUCUCCAAUGCCGAAUUCAAAGGUGCCGUAAAGAAGACCUGCGUUGGCAAGAAAUACAGUGAUUUCCCACAGGCCAUGAAAGCAUUUAUUGAAUCCAAUUUCAAAAUUCUUGACAUCAACAGUGAUGGCAUUGUAGGCAUUGAGGAAUACCGUUACAAUUGCAUUACCAGAAUGGCCAUCGAUGAUGUUGCGCCCAUUGAUAAGGCCUUUGAAUCUUUAUUGACCGAUGAAGAUAGAAAAGUUGGCGGUUUGAAUUUGGACCGUUAUAAGGAACUUUACGCCCAAUUUUUGGGUAACACUGCCGAUAAUCACCCAGCUGUCUAUCUGUUCGGCCCUCUGUAAACUGCCUAAAAGCAAUCAGUAACCACAAUCACCAACACCAACACCGAGAUGAAUGGGGUUAACAACAAUAACAAAAAUGAUUGAAAUAAAAAAACCAAAAUUUAUUAAAUGUAAAUGUCUUCGCUGUUUUUUAUUUUAACAACAACAACAACAAUAAUAAAACAAAAAACAUUAAGUACUACCUUAUUAAGUUAUACUAUUUAAUUUAUAAACUAUUUUUAAUGAGUUACUUUUACAAAA